CCUAUUUAUAGCUAAGUAUUUGCUUGCAUCCAGUCUUGUUGACUUAGAAGCCCUUCCAUUAUUGGUUUCUACGAAUUCUCGUAUACCAGGCUGCACGAGUAGUGGCACUUAACAUGGGGCCAAAAAGGUCACUGCCUGACGAACAGGAGAUUGAGAGGUCGGUCGCAAAACUCGCUAGAAUUGAGGUGUGCGCCUGGACCGGGGUGAACGAGCGGACCUUCGUCGCGGUGAAGCCGGACGGGGUGCACCGGCGUCUGGUGGGCGAGAUCAUCCGCCGCUUCGAGCGAAAGGGCUUCCACCUGGUGGGGCUCAAACUGGUGCAGGCGUCGGAGAGUCUCCUGAAGGCGCAUUACUGGGAGCUGAGGGACAAGCCCUUCUUCAACGGACUCAUCCGCUACAUGAGCUCUGGACCUGUCGUCGCCAUGGUGUGGCAGGGUCUGGACGUGGUGAAGACUGCUCGCAGAAUGCUGGGAGAGACCAACCCUGCAGACUCACUCCCAGGAACCAUCCGAGGGGACUACUGCCUGGAAGUGGGCAGGAAUGUGAUCCAUGGCAGUGACUCAGUGGAAAGUGCUCAGAGGGAGAUCUCCCUCUGGUUCCAAAACCAGGAGCUCACGUGCUGGGAGGACAGCAGCCAGCACUGGAUCUAUGAGUGAUGCAAGCACACGCACACACACACACGCACACACACACACGCACACACACGCACGUAUGUACGCACACGCACACACACACACACACACGUACGUACGUACGCACACAUUUAGGAACAUAAGACCGCAUAAUAACAAAUAGGUCAUUUAGCUAUUCUAGACUCACACAUUUUUGGCAACUCUGCAUAAAAAUUACUAGUUUUUUUCCCACUUUUGGAUUCCGUUUUGAGUCUUUUUGGACUACUUUAUUAGAGUCUAAACCAUUUGCAUAUUUAAUUAAUUCAGUAGUAAUGUCCUUAUCAAGAUAAUUAAUGUAAGUAUGGAAAACCACAGGUCACAACACAGAUUCUUGUGGGACUCCACUUCCCACAAUACCUUGCACAGACACGAUCCUUCCGUACGCUUUGUGUUCAGCCCUGCAGUCAGUUUCAGAUCCACUCUAAACUGCCUCGUAAAUCUCUUUCAUCAAAUAGUUUUGUAAAUCCAAAUAUCUAAUAUCACAAGCUUGAUUUGAGUCUAGACACUUUGGAGCUUUCUACAGAAGUGCAAGAACAUCGUUAUUCGCGCGGCAACUUCUAACUUCACAAACGUAUAGGGACACAAAGACUGGAGAGUCGUGGGAGAUACGGUCCUCGAAUCUGACACACUCCAGACACUGAAGAUACGUCUGCCUUGCUUUUAGUAGCUCAGUUUUCUUAGCUUUGUAGGUGUUGGGGCUGUUCCUGGAGUAGGUUGGUAUAUGCCACACAGGGCAAUUCCCACUGAACAGAGCCUGUAUCCCUGCUGUAUGCAUACUUGUUCUAAUAACUAAUAACUAAUAUCCAAGCACACAAUGACCAGAACUCGCCAUUCAGCCUAUUUUGGCUUGCCAUUAACCUAUCAGAAACGGAACACGGGGAAGCGGCCACUUCCACCAGAAGUGCCAUUCCAAAGUUACUAUCACUACCAGACAUAAUUUUCGAUUAGUAUUACUAAAUAGCGAGAGAACAAGGAAAUUGCUGCAAACUGUUUGUUGUGAGCGAGACAAUGGCUGCUUCUAGGGAAUGCAAACGCAUUCCCCGGUCUUCCGGUUUCCAUUUUUUGAAAGACAAAUACAGACUACCGCCACCUGCUGGUGUGGAGAGUUAUUACCUCUCACGCAGGCGCAGAACGUACGUGCAACUCGGCCGGCGGCGGACCAUCGUUGCGGUGUGUUCGGCACAGCCAACAUUAACGACGCGUAUCGACGCGAGGCGAUCUUUGUCGGCGCUCCGCAGCCGACCAUCGGUUUGGUGUGUCUAGGCCUUUAGUCACUGUGGUCCGAACACCGCCGUAUAAGCCUGCCCGGUUCAUAGUCUCUCAUUAGCAACAGCUUCCCCGCCACAAUGUCACAGUGGAGAACUAUUACCAUGUCACUGUAUGCUGAAUUGAAUCAUGCAUUUGACUAAUAACCAAGUUUUUAUGUCAACGGAAGGAAUUAUGCUUUACACACAAAAACCAAAGCUGAUCUUGGAGUACUUUUUUAGUCAUUAGUCAUGAAAGUUGCACUGUUCGGAACAUGGAGAGCUAACUUGGUUUUUGGAACACAGUGAGUUUACGUUACAAGCAGAAACACUAGGCGUUUUUCCAAGACCAGGAUUGAUGCAGUGCUAGAUGCUGUUUAGAUUUUAGGCAAACUAAGCAGUAGGUACAGUACACUUUAGUGGUAGGACAAGGCGAGCAUUGCUGGGCUGAAUGGCUUGUUCUCGUCAUUGUUAUGGAACACGAUGUAGCUCACUGCCUCCAAUGCAUGACCUGAUAGACUGCGGCACACAGGCAGCUCUCUGUAAGAAAUACCAAUAUUCACACAUAAUUUACCUUCAGCUCAUUUUCACGUCUGCCCCCUUUGUUUUGUUGAGAGAACUCAACCUGAAAAAAAUAAUUGUAAAAGUGUCUAGACCACGCCUUGCCUUAAAACAGAUUAAUAAUGAAACCCUAAAUGAAACUGGAAGUAUAGGUGUUUUUUGGGAUCUCUGGUUUGGCUUUGGCUCAGGGACUGGCAUAAAGAACUGCAAUAAUCAAGCUGAGUGUCUGACGUAGGCCACUCUAACCGUAGGAUGGAAUCUCUCGAUCUUAUAAUGGACUUUUUGCAUCUAUAGCACAAUGUGACAACAAUGAAAGACGGGAUAUUGUCGCGUAACAAACACGAAAGCGAAAGGCGAUGCUCCUGUGCGUACCCAGCUUUAGGGCCGGUAAACACCCAGUGGGGGCGGGAUCCAAUUAGUGCUCAAACCCCUUAUUAGGCAGCAUUAUAAGGCAGGAAGGAAGGCAUCGAGUUUGAAAGUUUGCAAAAAAGUAUGCCUUCUCAGGUGGCUUUGGCAGCAUGCAUGUAUCAUUCAGUAUCCCGCAAGUCUUUGCGAUUAACCUUCGACUUCCGUUAAAUUAAUGGCGGCUGAAAGCGGCGGUGCAAGUACACCGCAAGCUCGAUAUUUUGUUGUCGUCAUAUUUUUAAAAAUACAUUUUAAUUACUUAACACAGGUUAAGCUUCUGUAGGCUUUCCAUGAACUGGGCAGCUAAAUUGCUUAUAAUUACGCAUCAUCACGUAAUCAUGUUACUUUGACUUUGUCAAAGCGGUAGUCUGCAUGAGCUCCGCUGGCUUGUCUGCGCUCUCCUGAAUUGAACAGAGCAUGGUUGGUGAAUACAGCCAUUCCAAGGAUAUUCCAUGUUUGGAGAGAGAGGGGUAAAUAAUGUCACUAAUGAAUAAAAAAUAUAUAUAUUUAAAAAAUAGGUGCUUGACAUGCCCUGGAGCAAUGCAAACCUUAUACGUUAUAUGCACAUGUACACAUCUCGACACAAGUCUCCUCGCUCUUGGCUUUUUCGUUGCAUGCUUCCUCCUGAAGGGGGCGAACAACCCAAAAAACUUUUUGCACUGGCCGCCAAGAUGGUCCUUAGCACAGUUUACUCAAACUGACCUAUACCGUAGAAUGUACCAGAACCUCCAUAUUGAUUCAGAAUGUCAUCAUUCUCGGGUCAGAGUCUCUCCAAUUUCCCCCAAUUCUACACUGCAAAAAAUGUCUGUCUUAACAAGUGUUUUUAGUUGUAUAAUAAGACUUAAGAUCUUAUUUUUAUUUCUCAAGCAGAAAAUAAUAGCUUCUUUUAAAUUGAUGUUUGCUUGAAGUGAAUUCUUCUCACCCCACUGGUCAAACUUUCUCACCUCAUUGGCAGUUUUUUUGUCAUUUAGCAAAAGAGUAAUAGAAAUGAGUUCAGGUCUAAAUAUAAGACUAAGAUGCUUGUUAAGACUGACUUUUUUUUUUUUACAGUGUUUACUUGACACUACAGUACAUCUUUACCACUCUUGUAGUAUAAGAUAACCAUGCUAAUACCUAGCACGAAAACAUGGAUAAUCUUAAAAAGAGGUGGUUAACCAGCACAAGCCCUGAACAUGCACUGCUACAUUUUCAGAAAAAAGGUUGUAAAAUAGGAGUAUUUUUUAUUUCUAUGGAAAUGUUUUUCUUGUUUGUAUGCUUUGAUAAUGGUGUCUGUACUAUGGUAGUGGUGCGACGCAUCGGUUUGUCAAAGAGCGAAUGCAAGAAUUUCAAGUUUGAAAUUCAAUAGAGCAAAGUUACAUGAAUGUGAGUAUGAACAGUUCAUGCAUUUUUAAAGGUUAAACCUGACAGAAUUUUGUGAUAAGACUAGUCUCAUGCCUUCUCUGCCCAAAUCUCCAUAAACAGUUGUCAGUGCACCAGAACAAUGUCAUAAUUUUAAGAAACUCGUCAGCUUAAUAUUGAAUGUAAUUCAGGGCAAUCUUGGGCAGAUAAAAUAAUGAUAUGUAAUCUGUUAUGCCUUCUCAAAACGAAAAUCUAUCAUCACCCUUCCCUUCCAUGUCUGAAGAGUGAAUGUGUUUGAGUGAAUGUAUUUUAUGUACAAUGUAACCAUAUGCAAUUUGUAAGCAAUGGAGGGUAAAGUUACUUGAACACCUAAUUUGCUGUGCUUUGUAUUUCCUUGUGUGGAGGAACACUUGUUUCUUGUGACCAAAUAAUGUCCAAAUUGAAAUAAAGGUCCAAGUGAAGAUUG